AUGAAGCGCUCUUUCGUUGUCGCCCCGCUCGCCCUCUCCCUCGCCGGUCUCCCGGCGGUCGCGAAUGCGGGUUUUAUCGAACACGGCCUCUGCCAGGGCGUGUGCUACGUGGCGACAUUCGUCUGCUACAACACCGCCGCCUCCGGGUUCAGCACGAUCUGCGGUAUCCGCGAUCCGUCACCCGCUCAGGUCAGGGCGGGCUGCGAUGCCGUCCUCGACCAUUGCUCCACGGGAUGUACCGCCUUCACGUUGCGUUUUAGGUCCGGGAGCCAGAGUUGGGUGCCAGUGGGCACUGCCUUCGACUUGGUACAGCGUGUCUACUCGCUGAAGUCCGACUUGUAG